CAAGAGCUUGAGGGGAGGACUGUUAACGCAUUCUCUCCGGCAGAAUGAGCUCUUUCCCUGUGGGUCUGCGCUGCCCGUAAAGCUCAGCGCGCCCUCGCCCUUGGAGUGAGAGGCUAGCCCGCUGGAGAACUGCAGGAAUCUGCGACAAAAACGAUGACAGUCUGAAAUACGUCCCUGUGCCAACCUCCAAAUUCGUCUGUCACCUCAGACCCUGAGUAGUUGACAGAGCAGCAGAAUUUCAACUCCAAUAGACCUGAAUGUGUUUCUGGGCAAAGAAGCAGGGCUAACGAGGAAAGCGAUUUAAAGAGUAUUGGGCAUUUGUGAAACUUAUUUCCUGACUGUGUGCAAGGACAGGAUUCAACUUCAAUUUUCUGCCAAGGCUCUGGGUCCAGCCACCUACCUGAAGGUCUAGAAAAAUGAAGUCUGUGAUUUGUUUCCUGUUCAUUUUGGGAACUGCAGUUGCAAUCCCGACACAAGCAAGGCUCCUAUCUGAUCAUUCCAACCCAACUGCUGAUUCCUUGAGUUCCUUCCAACAGGCUGAAAUGUUGGUAACAUCUGAGCACACUGCAAUCCCCAUUGUAAGGGCUGAAGAUGCAGAAAAUGAAAAGGAAACUGAAGUAUCCAUAGAAGACCAUCCCACUCAUAAGCCUGAAAAAUCUUCAGUACUAAAGUCAGAGGAGGAAAACCAUGACCCGCCAGCAGAUCAGGACCAGAGUUACAGCCAAAACCUGGGAUUACAGGAUCAAGAGAAAAGUGAAAGUGACUUAACCGAGAAUUUGGAGUAUACACCAACUGAAGGUACAUUGGACCUAAAAGAAGAUAUGAGUGAGCCUCCAAAGGAAAAACUCCCUGAGAGAUUCCUUGGUCAUGAUGUUAGUUCCAUUGUCGAUUCUAAUCAACAAGAAAGCAUCACAGAGACAGAGGAAAACCAAGAACAACCUAUAAAUGACUCACAUCCUCAGUUGAACAGGAGCAGCAAACAUAGCCAAGACCUAAGUGUCCAAGGAAACCAAGAGCAGGACCCAAAUAUCCCAAAUGGAGAAGAGGAAGGGGAGAAAGAGCCGGGUAGAGGUGGUACCCACAAUGAUAACCAAGAAAGGGAGACAGAAGUUCCCAAGGAGCAUUCCAACAGCAAGCAGGAAGAAGACAGGACACAGUCUGACGAUAUUUUGGAAGAGUCCUAUCAACCAACUCAAGUAAGCACGAUGCAGAAAGAUGAAUUUGAACAGGGUGGCCAAGAACAGGAAGAGGAAAACUCCAACGCAGAAACAGAAGAGGACACUGCCUCAAAAAUCAGUAAGCCCAAUCAAGACAAAGAAUGGCAGAGCCAAGAAGGAAAGCCUGGCCUUGAAGUUGUCAGCAACCAUGAGGAGAUGGACAAAGAGACUCUUUCUGAGCCUUUGCUGGUGGAGCCUAUGGAUGAUGGUAACAUCACGCCCAGAAAUCAUGGGGCUGAUGAUGAUGGCGAUGAUGGCCCCAGACACAAUGCAAGUGAGCAGUACUCCAUCCCAAGCGAGGCUUUCCUGGAGAAUGAAAGAGCUCAACCCAAUUACCAUCACAUUAAAUAUGAGGAGCAAAGAGAAGAAGCACAUGAGAACGAGAAUGUAGAUACCAGCGAACCUGCAGAAAACCGAGGGGCCGAGAAAGCAGAAAGCUCACCGAAUGAAGAUGACAGUUCAACUGAAGGCAACACAAGGGUGCACGGUGUCGAUUCUUGCAUGAGCUUCCAGUGUAAAAGAGGACACGUCUGCAAGGCUGAUCAACAGGGAAAACCCCACUGUGUUUGCCAAGAUCCAGUGACUUGUCCUCCUACAAAACUCCUUGACCAAGUUUGUGGCACUGACAAUCAGACCUAUGCCAGCUCCUGCCAUCUCUUUGCUACUAAGUGCAGACUGGAGGGGACCAAAAAGGGUCACCAACUGCAGCUGGAUUAUUUUGGAGCCUGCAAAUCUAUUCCUGCUUGUACGGACUUUGAAGUGACCCAGUUUCCUCUAAGGAUGAGAGACUGGCUCAAGAAUAUCCUCAUGCAGCUUUAUGAACCUAACCCUGAGCACGCUGGAUAUCUAAAUGAGAAGCAGAGAAAUAAAGUCAAGAAAAUUUACCUGGAUGAAAAGAGACUCCUGGCUGGGGACCACUCAAUUGACCUUCUCUUAAGAGACUUUAAGAAAAACUACCACAUGUAUGUGUAUCCUGUGCAUUGGCAGUUUAGUGAACUGGACCAACAUCCUAGGGACAGAGUCUUGACCCACUCUGAGCUCGCCCCUUUGCGGGCAUCUCUGGUGCCCUUGGAACACUGCAUAACGCGCUUCUUUGAAGAGUGUGACCCCAACAAGGAUAAGCACAUCACCCUGGAGGAGUGGGGUCACUGCUUUGAAAUUAAAGAAGAAGACAUAGAUGAAAAUCUCCUGUUUUGAAUUAAGAUGUGAAAGCACUCAAACUACCCAGCCUCCUCCUUUGUUCUGACCACUUCUGAAGUAUAUGCAGUGUGAAACUUGUAGAUUUAUAUUUAGCAAAAUGCUUGCAUGUCUGAGACGACAAUGAGAGUAACUGCUUGAUAACAGUAUAGGCACCAGGCAUUUAACAUUAACUUUGGAAAUAAAACUUUAAAAUUAAGUAAAGUCAAUAUAUGCAAAAUAUUAUAUACUGUUUGUGAACAGGAGUUUAACUCAUCACUCUCUGCAUCCAUUUAUGAGAUACUUAAAGAUUAUAAAACUCGAAAAAAUAAUACAUUCAUUUUGUCCAUAAUACCGUGUGCACUUCAAAAAAGUGAAGUAAGGCUCUUUGUUGUUGAUGUGUGUUAUUUUCAGUAUCUUAAUAUCCUAAUAAAAAUCCAAAUGUUUACUCAA